GGCCACUGCCGCGAACGCCUAUGUGAUUCGGCGGGUCUGCUGUUCUUCUUCUCCUGUUGCUGGCGUUCGUUCUGUUAACAAAUGUCCACGUUGAUCACAUUGCAUGUCAUUGUGUCAUACAUACUAUGAUACACCUAAAGUUGAGGCACCCUCUUUCAGCUUAUUUCCCAUUCAUUCCGAUCACUACUACCAUCUCUCACCAAAUUCACCAUGGUUUCCCAUAUUCCAAAACCAGUUCAUAUUCAUCCCAACCCAAGCACCCACAACACUUGCUCUCCAUUCUUCUAAAACACCCACCAUCCCAUCGCCACCACAACAAAACCACCCAACAAGUCCACUCUUACACCAUCACCUCUGGCCUCUUCCACUUCCCUCUUUUUUACACCCACCUCACUUCUUUGCUACUCUUCAAUAACAUUAUUCGUUCUUAUUUUCUUGUCUCAUUACCCCAACAAGCCCUUUACUUCUUUGCAUACACCCAAAAGUCCCUUACUUUCUUGUCAUAUCCUUUACUUGACACCUUCACUUUUGCAUUCCUAUGCCAUGCUUGUGCCAACUCAACCUGUACCCACUUUGGGAUCCAGCUCCAUUCCCUUAUUUUCAAGGUGGGGUUUCAGUUUCAUGUCUAUGUGCAAACUGGGCUCCUUCAGAUGUACUCAAAUUUUGGCCGUUUGGUUGAGUCCUUCAAGGUGUUCGAGGAAAUGCCUGAGAGAAACACUGUCACUUGGAAUGUUUUGAUCACCGGUUUGGUCAUGUGGGGUGAGGUUGAACUUGCUUGUUCAGUGUUUAAUCAAAUGCCAGACCGGAGUGUGGUCUCGUGGACCCUUGUUAUGGAUGGUUACACUCGCUCGAAUCAGCCUGCGAAGGCUUUGUCUUUGUUUAGGGAAAUGGUUGUUGUUCAUGGUAUAGAACCUAAUGAAGCUACUUUCUUGACUAUUUUUCCCGCAGUUGCAAAUUUAGGGUAUGUUAAGAUUUGUCAAUUAGUUCAUGGUUAUGUAGAAAAGAAAGGGUUCAAUGAAUUUGAUACACGCCUUUGUAAUGCACUGAUUGAUCUGUAUGCAAAGUGUGGAUGCAUAGAUAGUGCAAUUAGAUUCUUCAAUGAGAUACCAGAGCAUAGGAAGAAUUUGGUAUCAUGGACUUCAGCUAUCUCUAGUUUUGCUAUGAAUGGGAUGGGGAGGGAAGCUGUGGAGUGUUUCGAAAUGAUGGAGAAAGCCGGGCUGAGGCCGAACUGCGUGACAUUCUUGUGUGUCUUGAAUGCUUGUAGCCAUGGUGGAUUGGUGGAGGAGGGGCUCAAGUUUUUCAAUAAAAUGGUGAAUGAUAUUCAGCUUGUGCCUGAUAUCAAGCACUAUGGAUGUCUGAUAGAUAUGUUAGGGAGGGCUGGGAGGUUAGAGGAAGCAGAAAAUGUUGCCUUGCAAGUGCCUCUUGAUAUAGCCAAUGUUGUGAUUUGGAGAACACUGUUGGGUGCUUGUAGUGUUCAUAAUAAUGUUGAAAUUGGUCAGAGGGUAACAAGAAAAAUAUUAGAGAUGGAGAAAAGACAUGGUGGGGAUUAUGUUCUUAUGUCCAAUAUCUUUGUUUGUGUUGGGAGAUUUAAUGAUGCUGAGAGGUUAAGGGAAAUGAUAGACAAGAGAAUUGCAUUUAAAAUUCCUGGUUAUAGUUCAGUCUAAAUCAUAUAUAGUAAUAACAUAGGUGUCUACCAUCAUUUGUAGAAGAGAUGUGGAAAAACCUUUGAACAUUGGGGGAAAAUUGUCCCGAAGUAUGGCA